AUACUGCCAAUUCCGCUGUGUGUUGCCACACCGAUUCUUUGAAAAGUUUCUUGCCAGCACUACUCAUGAUUCUCGGCUGUCUCAGUCCUUGAACCAUAGAAUGAUCAGCCGGAGUAAAGGAUUUUUCACUGUGACGAAUUCAAAAGUCGAAUACAACUUCAUUCAUUACUAUUUCUCGUGAAGAGCGUGAAAAACUACAACAAAAUUCAAUAGAAUCGUAAGACAACCAUUUUUACAAUGAAAAUAUGAAUCUUAUACAUUCUGCAGUAUCAGUUAUGAUAAAUUUGGCGAGAGACUUAGUAAUUGACAUUGACAAUGAAAAAUUGCAAUAACUUUUGACGUAAUUGACUGGCAAUGCACGAUAGGUUAAUUACACAUGUAACUUUAGUUAUUAUGAAUCUCAAAUGUACCUCAAAUGAUUUACUAUAUCUUUGGACCAUUUCAGUAAAUCUUAGCAAUUUUUCUCUUCCCCAGUCUUGAAAAACAAGAACAGUUUAUAAGAUCAAAAUAUCUUGAUAGCCUUCAAGAUAUUAUAUAUACUGCACACAGUGCAUCUAUGAAUGGACAUGAAAUAAAGUGGGGUUUUUUAGAUACAGUAUUGGUUUUAUUCUCUUUUUUUUAUAUGGUUCCAUGACAUACAUGCCUGUGUGAAGAGACUCGAGAUAUAUCAGUAGAAAGUUAAGAGGUCUCAGUCAGAAAGUUACAGGAACAUGAAGUGAAAGUAUGUACCUAUCAAGAAGCGUAGAAUUGCUAACUGAAAUCAAUUUCUUACCCAGAUUUUUUGCAGCAUGACAGAUAUCGUGACUGUGUUUUAUUUCUGCAUGAUUCUUUUCUGUAAAGGUAAGAUAAAUGUACAUACACAUUGAAGAUGAUCACCAAUUAAUUAUACUGACAUUUUAAUCAUAAAAUACAGAAGAUUUACUUACUCAUCCUUGCAUCAAUUUAGAGGUGAGCACCUGUCACAACUUCAAUGAUGAUGAGGCCAUUGUCUUUUACUUCCCUCAUUCCUUUAACAAAUCCCGCCUUCUCCAGAUUUGUGCUUUUCUGCUCUGUCUCUCGCUUAUGGAGAGGAUCUUUUUGGUGCUCUUCUCCAUAAAGGUGUAAUAUUGUGUACACAGUGUCCUGGACUGUUCAUUCUCCCAUCACCUACAAUGUGCAUGUAAAAGACUACAGCAUUUCAAUUUAUGCUAAUGCAUAAAUAUCAUAUUUGCUAUUACCAAGGAGAACCAUAUCGUUGUUUCUAAAUUCCUGCACCAUAUCUCUCUGCUCUUCUGACCAUACGUCGUCAAGGGAGGGAACUAAGUAUUGUCUUUGUAGUCUUGUAAAUGAUACACUCAGAAAUCCAAGCUUUUAAAACUGUGAAAAGAGCUCAAUUUUGCUGAAGUUGUUCCCAGAAAACAAUAUUGCUGACGCUAUCGUAAGAUCCCCUGCAUGCAAGCCUCGAUUCAAAACAGGUUGUGAGCACCAGUUCCAUGUUGAUAUCUUUGCCAAGAAUUUUACAUUAAAGAAAUCCAUUAUAUGCUGUUAUAAUUAAACAUUGCUGUAGAGAAAUGAGUCACAAUAAACUUGAUUUAUUCAUAACCCCAUCUUAAUAUUUUUCUCUCUCAAAAUCUGCACGAUUUGUUCCUUUUAUUUCAAACAGAGAAUUACAAUAUAAUUACGUUUUAUAUUUGUAUUUUCUUUCCAUUUCUGGGAAAUCUGAAAAUAGUUGAAAUUUGUUUGAUUGUGCAAACGUAAACUUAAAAGAGGCAGCAACAUGUACAGAACAGUUGAUUUGACAGAUCCUAAAUCAGAUAGAGAGAACAAAGUCUAAGAAUUUCGUUUUUAUUUUAUUUUUUUGGAUCCGAUAUUUUCUAGAUAUAAUCUGUCAGCAGGUUGAAUACUGUCUGAAGUGUUUCUUACCGAUUGUUAGACCAUUUUUACACACUGAUUUUGGCUACAGAUUACUAUGUUUACCUGAGCAAGAUAGAUUAUAUCAAUUAAACCAUUGAAUGCUUUCUCAAUAGUUUAUUUGCCAAUUAUCCACAUCGUAAGCGGUAUUAUUUUUGUGGAUGUAAGCGACAACCGGAAGCAGGACAUCGCACCGGACAAACAACCACGAUUGUGACGAUAUAGCGUUAACUAUAUCUCAUCAAAUAACUAUGCCAGUGAAACAUUGCUGUUAUGGAAAUUGUAUUAGUAACUCUAGAUAUAUCGGUAAACGACCAGAAAUGAAUGGUGUCUUCUUUCUACCGUUCCCGAAACCAAAAACACAGUUCGAAAAGUGCCAACGAUGGGUUCGGCUUUGUGGGCGAAAAUAUUUUGGCGUGGAAAAUAUAACCAAGGACACCUAUAUUUGUUGUAAGCAUUUUGUGGGUGAGAAGGGGCCUACUACAUCUCACCCAGAUCCCUUGCCAGCCGCAGCUACGGAAUUUGAACAGAAAAGAUUAUGCAGUAAACGCAAGAGGAAGGCUCCUUCAGAAAGAAAAAAUGAAACACCUGUUACUAAAAGUAGAAAAAGACUUAUUUAUGAGGAACCCGAGGAAGACUUGACUCAGGAAGCAGACUUAAAUGAAGGCAUCGAGUCUAAUCACCAGGAAUUUGGAACAUUUGACCAUAUUUAUUCAAAAAAGAAACCAGAGACAGGGGAAUUUAUUACAGAGUCAGAGUCUGAAGAAACUGCAACUUCAAUCUUAUGGAUGCCUGAAGCUGAUGUUUAUAGAGGUGACAACAUCUUACUGUGAUUCACAGACUCAAACUGACGAUAAUGCUAUGGUUACCAGUGUCGAUACAAAAGAAGUACAAGUGCAGACAGAAAUUUGGAUAACUUGUGUGAAUUUACAACUGAAGAUUUCCAGAAACACACCAAUAUCACAAGAAAGUUAUUUAUGAAAUCAGUGCUCAAAGAUGACGAAUCUUGUAAAUUCUACACAGGACUGACAAUAGCAAUGCUCACUUAUGUGUUCACAUGGCUGCAAAAGAAGGCAGAAAAACUCAACUACUGGAGAGGUCAAGACACAACAGAAUCUAAAACUAACAUUAAAGUUGGACCGAAGAGGAAACUAACAACUAAGGAGGAAUUUAUCAUAACACUUGUUAGACUGAGAAGAGGCUUUGAUGUGGAAGUAAUAAGUGAUUUAUUUGGAGUGCACCCAUCUCAAAUAAGUAGAAUUUUCACAACUUGGAUCAAUUUUUUGUACGCAGAAUUGAAGUUUCUUAUUUCAUGGCCAUCCCGAGAACAAAUUGCUUCCAAUAUUCCAAAGGCAUUCAAACAUUUUCCUAGGACAAGAUCAAUUAUAGACUGCACAGAGUUCUUUGUACAAAAGCCAAGUCUGCCCUCUUCUCAGCGUGUAACAUGGUCUCAGUACAAACAUCACAACACUUUUAAAGCACUAAUUUCAAUUUCACCUACUGGAACUUUCACCUUUAUUUCCAAAUCAUUCACAGGAAGUAUUUCAGAUCGUCGCAUUGUUGAAGAGAGUGGCUUUUUGGAGAAAAUAGAGCACGGUGAUGACAUUAUGGCUGACAGGGGUUUUUUAAUACGUGAUAUGUUAGCCAGACGAUCUGCCACUUUAAACAUACCACCGUUUUCUAUGAGAAAGCAGUUGAGUAGUCGUGCCGUAACAAAGACACGCAGAAUUGCAAGUGCUCGCAUUCAUGUGGAGCGUGCAAUAGGCAGGUUAAAAACAUUCAAAAUUUUGCAAGGAGUUAUGCCUCUUAAACUGCAUGCAUUGUUUGAUCAAAUUGUAGGUGUGUGUGGAGUGUUAUGUAAUUUAGAUACACAACUAGUGAAGUAAAGUUAAUAAAUUAAGAAAUGCAAAUUGACCAAUAAAGUUUCAUCUUUUUAUUGUGACAUCAUCAUAUAUUUGUAUGGUUAAAGAUACAGAUACAUUGUAAAUGCAAUAUCCAUUUAAUGAGUUUACAUCAUUAAGAGUCAAUGUAAUAUGAAAUAAAUGUUGUUUUAUAAGCUCCUAAAGAUUAAACAAUAAUUGCAAACUUUUAUGAAUAAAUGUUAAUUCAGUUCAGAUAUUCAAACAUUAACAAAUCAUUUUGACAUAAUAAUGGACAAUUAGCCAGCAACUGGAUUACACUCAUUAUUUGUACUCUUCAAAAGAUCACGGAAAAUAUGUGGAACCACAUAAGCACUAUGAAAUCUAUUAAGUUUAUUCACCAUAUCGCAGAAAUAUUCCUCAUCAAAUCUUGCUGUAGAAAUGUGAAUACCUUUGUUUGUGUAAAUAAUUAAGUCACAUUCAGUGUAAUUAUAUAGACCGAGUUGUCCCUGGAUUUGUGCAUAAUAAGGACAGGCUUUACUUACUUCCCAUUCAUUGGUUAGUUUAUUAAAGGUACAGUUUUUUAGAAUCGCAACCUCUUUUGCAUUGCUGUCUCGAAGCGAAUAAGGACAUUUUAUUUCCACUAAUCUGUUUAUAUGCUGGGAUUUACAUUUACAAACAGCUACACCAUCCGAACUACAUCCUAAAACCGGAUACUUUUCACUGAGUAAAAGUCCAACCUCUGUUACUUUUAAUGACCUACAGUUAUGAAUUUUUUUAAUAAUUCUGCUGUAAAAAAUCCUAGCAAU